GAGCCGCAACAGCAGCAGCAUCAGCAGGCAGAAGCUUCUAGCCCAUCCAAGCCCAGAAAGAGAUAUCAGUGUUCGAUGCCUGACUGCAACAAGUCAUUCUACCAAAAGACACACCUUGAGAUCCACACACGGGCACACACUGGUGUCAAGCCAUUCGUCUGCAAAGAGCCCAGCUGUGGUCAGCGUUUCUCCCAACUGGGGAACCUCAAGACACAUGAGCGUCGUCACACUGGCGAGCGUCCGUAUAGCUGUGAGCUCUGCGGCAAGACGUUCGCUCAACGUGGUAACGUAAGAGCACACAAGAUUGUUCACACAGCAGCAAAGCCCUUCACCUGCCGUCUUGACGAAUGCAACAAACAAUUCACUCAACUCGGCAACCUCAAGAGUCACCAGAACAAAUUCCAUCAAGAGACUAUCCGCAGACUCCGCCAAACUUUUGAGAACCUUCACGAGGGCGAUCAUGUAAGCACCUGGGAGAAGGUCAUGUGGGAAUACUUCACCGGUCUCUACAAGAACUGCAACAAGGGCAUCAAAGGCAGAGGCAAGGACCGUCGCAUCAGCACCACC